UAAAGUGGUGGCUGCAUUGCUGGUGGGGUGUAUCCAACUGUCAAUGUACGUCAUAUGCUGUGUGCUACAUGGAGUAGUGUGUAUUUAAAGAGAGCAGAUUGGAACGUGGGAGAUAGUUAAUUGGCGAUUUCUGGAGAAUUACCGUAGUGGCUUGGCAGUUAUGGAUGGUUUUGGUGAUAAUUUCGAUCAACCUGAAGUUGAUCCAGCAGCAGAAUUCCUAGCUAGAGAACAAGAUCAGCUUGCCGGAUUGGAGGAUGAAUUGAAUCCUGGAAAUGCACCACCUGCUGCAGACGAUGCCAUGUUUGGUACACAAGGUUCCGCCCCUCUCACUGGUAGUUUUGAGAUGAUUGAUAAUUUUGGACAACAGGAUGGCUUAGGACCAGACCUUUUAUCAUCUGCUCCAGAAGGUGUUCCUUCAGAGGUGAAAGCAGAAUCAGAGCCACUUGAUGCAGAAUCAAAGGAAACUGAAGCAGAAAAUUCAGGUAGUGAAGAUGCUGCAGCUGCUGUUCUUGAUGUUGAUAAUUACGCUGGUGGUGGUGACGACUCUGCUGCAUGUGAUGAUGGUGAAACUGCUGCCACAGACAGAGGUGCUGUUGUGGAGUGUGAUGGCUCUGUAGCUGCUGCUGCUGCUGAAGGUUUUGCCUCUGUAAUAGAUUCUACAGUUGAUGAUGAUUCUAUGGCUAGUGAUGCAAAAGUUCAGCUGGAUGGUUUAACUAGUCAGCCAAAAAUAUUUUCGACGCCAACACCUCCAAAACCAGUUGUAAAAGAAGAACCAGAAAAAAUUAGGAAGUGGAGGGAAGAACAGAAGAAACGCCUUGAGGAGAAAGAUGCUAAUGAAGAAAAACGGAAGGAAGAACUACGGGAGCAAGCUAAGAAAGAGCUGGAAGAAUGGUAUAAGCAUCAUGAGGAGCAGAUAGCCAAAACAAAGGCGGCAAAUCGGAAUGCUGAGAAACAAUUUGUUGCUGAAGCAGGAGAAAUUGAGCCAGGCACUGAGUGGGAGAGGAUUGCAAAGCUGUGUGAUUUCAACCCUAAAUCAAGCAAGACCAGUAAGGAUGUCUCCCGCAUGCGUUCCAUUAUUCUUCAGUUGAAACAGACUCCUCCUGCAGCUAAGCGUGCUUGAGGAUAUAUUUAGCAAACUGAAUAAACAACAGGUCACCUUGUAGUUAAGAAAUGUUGUUAACUGUCGAAUCAUUACCUAAACAUGUAGAGGAAUAUCUGAAAAAUUCUAUAUUUUCAUGUUGAAAAUAAAUGCCUCACUUCAAUAUAAUGUUCAUUCAAAUCCUUAAGAUGACAUCCCCGAUGAUGUACCAAUCUUCUGAAAAUAGUUAAAUCUCUUAGGGUAAAGAAGCGGAUUCUAGCAGUUAAAGUAGAUAAUUAUUAUUACUAUUUUUAUCCUCAAACAAAAUUAUGCAGUUUGCAAUUAAUGUAAAUAAAAUGUAGGCAAGGUGGCUGCAAUUCCGUCAGUUCUGAAUACAAAAUGUAGGGGACUUGAAUCUGUCCAUGUAAAACUUCACUGCUCAUAUCUUCAAGAAAUGGGGUACGAGAUGGGUAAUUAUCGUUGGAACAGAAGCCUCUCUUAAUCUGUAGGCAAAUUAUCUAAGAUCCUAUAAGCCAAGUAGAAAAUGCAUUCUCCAGAGUCCAUCUGGAAGUAAGAAUAUGCUGUUAAUGUUAUAAUAUUUUAUGACCACAUUUAAUGAUCAAAACUGGCUGUUUACAAAUAUAACUUAGAUGAUAACUCAAGUUAUAUCAUCAUAAAGAAGUGCAACAAAGAUCGUUGUUGAAUAAACUUUGAGUGCAAAGUCUUAAAAAUGUUAACAAUCUAAGUGGAGAUUUCACUGUUCUACUUUCUGUAAUUUAUGUGAAAAAUAAAUUUGUGUAAAACACAAUUUGUGGAGCAUCCUUGAGUAUGCACGAAGUUAUUGAAUAUAACAAUAAAUAAAUGUUAAUGAAAAUAA